UAGGUCAAUCCUUGCGGGUGCUUUUAUUGGAUGUGCCGCUGUCAAGCAGUGCUGAAGAAUUGGAAGGGCAAACGCCAGAAAAGGCAGAGAAAAGACAAACAUAAAAUAAGCAUUAUGUAGCUCUAGUCUGCUCUACCUCCGCUCGCGUCAACCGUGGACGAUCCUGCCGCCCCUGAUUUCAGAUCUGAAACUUGUGGACACGGAGCGGUCUUGUUUCUUUUCUUUUUUUUUCUUCUUCUUUUUUUUUUUUUUUAAAAGAUUUUUUUCCUCCGUGUGUCUCGCUCUCUCUCUGAAGCGAUUGCAUUCUCCAGAGGUGGUACCUCCACAGAUUACAAUCUGACAGCCUCGACAUCCUUUUUUUUUUUUUUUUUUCUCCGUGCCACAGAAUGAGAGAAAAAUCUCGCGGAUCCUGGUAAGGCUGUAACCAAUUGCACCCGGGUUUGGACCUCUACAGCAGGCGGAUCAUCCUCAGCUGGGCAGCGGAUGCCUGAAUGGAGAAUAGGCUGCAAGGCAUCCACCAAGAUUCCCUCGCUCUCUAAAUCUGUGAUAAAUGGAGUAUUCUGCCGGACUACAUGGCAUUAUGUUUGACGGAGGGUGUUUGACAUCGGAGCGAGUGUCCAGAAUAACAGUCUGCAGUGUGAAUAUUUCAGCCUGUUGAUGAUGAACUGCUCAGGACUGGAGCAAAGUGUCGUGAGAACCGGUUUAUGGCCCGUGUCUUGAGCUGGAGUGGCCAACCGGAUUGUUCAACAGGGAGAGAGAGAAAACAAAAAGCAUCAUUUUUGAUGGCUCCGGGGUGGGGGAGGAAGAAUAUACAUGAAACCCUGGACACAACAAAUGGAUAAAACUAUUGCAUGAAGCAGGCAGAGGAGGGGGGGAAAGACUGCGUGGAUUUGUGUGUGUGUGUGCGCGCGCGUGUGUGUGCGUGCGUGCGUGUUUGUGUGUGUGUGUGUGUAUGUGUGUGUGUGUGUGUGUGUGUGUCUUUCUUUCAGGCCUACUUGAUAACAGUGAAGUUGUGAGGAGAAAUGAGAAAAUGGUGAUGUGGUACGAAGAAGGCUUGAAGAGGAGCCGGAGUGUGGGAUAAAACCGUCUGCUGAAGACCAACGGGAUCCAAGUUUUCGAGGAUAAGACAGCUGCUUUGAUUAAAACAUCUCCAAUUAAGUUCAUGUGAAAAAAAAAAGCAGAGGGAGGAAAUCAGCUUCCUGGUCAGGGGGGUGGGGGGGUGGGGGAUAGAAAGAUAUAUUAUUCAUGCCUUGUGUCAGAGGAACUGGAGGACUGGCUUUGCUGUGGCCUAGAUGAUACAUACAUAUGUAUUUAUAUAUAUAUUUAAAAACAUGAAACCCUGAGGAGGAAGAGUGAACCUUUGAAACACUACAAAAGAGGACGAAUUACACUCUGGUAGCCUCAAAGUAGAGCACUUGCGCAAAAAAAAAAAGGAAGAAGGCUGAAGUGGGCUGAAGCAUGGGCUGUGCUUCAAGUAUUCAUAUCUCUGAUAGGGUGGUCUACCACAGUGGAAAAGAGUCCGAGGAUUCCCACUCACCCCAGCAGACUAAUACCACUCAGCAUCAAGGAAAUCCUGCCUCGGGACUACCCCUAAAACCCCCGAGCUGCAAGACCACAUUAACAGAGGUGCAAUUUGGACCAAUGAAGUUAUUUAAAGACCCACUUCAGGUACUUUUAGUUUUUGCCAAAGAGGACAGUCAGAGUAAUGGCUUCUGCUGGGCAUGUGAGAAGGCCAACUUCAGGUGCAGCUUGGCACGAACACCCGAGUCGGCUCUUGAAUGCUUCUUGGAGAAGCAUCAUGACCUCGUCAUCAUUGACCACAGACAUUCCAGACACUUUGACGCUGAAGCACUAUGCCGGUCAAUUAGAGCGGUCAACUCUUCAGAAAACACUGUGAUAGUCGCCGUUGUGAAAAGGCCAGACAGAGAGGAGGCCUCUGUGAUGCCCCUCAUAAAUGCCGGCUUUAAUAGGAGAUAUGUGGAGAAUGCCAAUAUGAUGGCCUGCUAUAAUGAGCUGCUACAGUUGGAGCAUGGAGAGGUGCGGGCACAGUUCAAACUGAGGGCUGGGAAUGCUAUAUUCACAGCUCUAGAACAAAGCCAAGAGGCCAUAGAGAUCACAUCUGAAGAUCAAGUCAUUCAGUACGUGAACCCUGCAUAUGAGUCUAUAAUGGGCUACCAACAAGGCGAGCUAAUAGGGAAGGAAAUAAUAGAAGUGCCUAAAAGUGAGAAGAAUAAGCCUGAUCUCCUUGAAACAAUAAACUCCUGCAUACGGAAAGGAAAGGAGUGGCAGGGGAUUUAUUAUGCCAAAAAAAAGAAUGGAGACAGCAUUCAGCAAAAUGUGAAGAUCACACCUGUAAUUGGACAGGGAGGAAAAACCAGACACUAUGUGUCUAUCAACUGGCCUUUAAAUGAUAAUAAUAAGAGUGAUAAAUCCAGUGAGCGAGUGCAGGCAGAGUCUCAGACAGACAUCCAAUCCAGUAAGCACAAAGACCGGAGGAAAGGCUCUCUGGACGUCAGAUCUACAACAUCUCGGGGGAGCGAUGGGAGCUCACAGCGAAGGCACUCCUCAAUGGCUCGCAUCCACUCCAUGACUAUAGAGGCUCCCAUCACCAAGGUUAUAAACAUCAUCAAUGCAGCGCAGGAAAGCAGCCCUAUGCCUGUGGCAGAGGCCUUGGAUCGGGUACUGGAGAUCCUGAGGACCACUGAGCUCUACUCCCCGCAGUUAGGCACCAAGGAUGAGGACCCCCAUACUAAUGACCUUGUGGGGGGGCUGAUGACGGAUGGUUUGCGCAGAUUGUCAGGAAAUGAAUACAUCUUAGCAACAAAACAGCCUCACCACAUCCCCAGUCACCUGACAACUCCUCUGUCCAUAAAUGACAUCCCCCCUCGUAUCGCCCAGACCAUGGAGAACGAGGACUCAUGGGACUUUGACGUCUUCAACUUGGAAGCUGCAACCAUUAAACGGCCCCUGACCUACCUGGGCAUGAAGAUCUUCUCCCGCUUUAGGGUCUGUGAGUUCCUUAACUGCCCCGAGGCCACUCUGCGCUCCUGGCUACAACUGAUUGAAGCUAACUACCACUCCAGUAACUCCUACCAUAACUCUUCCCACGCUGCUGACGUGCUGCAUGCAACGGCAUAUUUUCUCUGCAAGGAGAGGGUCAAGCAAAGUUUGGAUCCCAUCGAUGAGGUGGCUGCCCUCAUCGCUGCUACAGUGCAUGAUGUGGACCACCCAGGACGCACCAACAGCUUCCUGUGCAAUGCAGGAAGUGAGCUGGCCAUCCUCUACAAUGACACAGCUGUGUUAGAGAGCCACCAUGCAGCACUCGCCUUCCAGAUCUCCACGAGAGAUGAUAAGUGCAACAUCUUCAAAUACAUUGAAAGGAAUGAAUAUCGAACUCUACGACAGGCCAUCAUUGACAUGGUGCUCGCAACGGAGAUGACCAAACACUUUGAACACGUCAACAAAUUCGUCAACAGCAUCAACAAGCCGCUGGCUGCUCUGGAGGAGAAUGGGGGAAACAGCGAUGAGGAAUCUGUCAAAGGCAUCCUGACAUCUCCAGAGAACCGCAUCCUUGUCAAGAGGAUGCUGAUUAAGUGUGCAGACAUCUCUAAUCCAUGCAGGCCUCUGGAGCUUUGCAUAGAAUGGGCAGGACGCAUCUCAGAAGAGUAUUUCGCACAGACGGACGAGGAGAAGAGACAAGGCCUGCCAGUGGUUAUGCCUGUGUUUGACAGAAACACAUGUAGCAUCCCAAAGUCCCAGAUUUCCUUUAUAGACUACUUCAUCACAGACAUGUUUGAUGCAUGGGAUGCUUUUGCAGACCUCCCUAAUCUUAUGCAGCACUUGGACAACAACUUCAAGUACUGGAAAGGCCUUGACGAGAGGAAGCUGCACAGCCUGCGACCGCCUCCAGAGUAGGCUGCUGCAGCCCUGGUGACUCUGCAGUCCGGGACAGCCCUCCUCUCUCGUGCCGGGGCGUCUUUCUCCCUGCCAGCCGAAGGGCCUCCACGCCUUCACUCUCCUGCUUCUGUAGCACGCCGAGCGUCCACAUGUCCGUCCAUACAGAAACCACAGAAGGACUUCCUGACGGACGGCCGCAGCUUUGACGCUGCUGGCUUUACAGUCUUGUCAGAUGAGAACUGUGACUAACAGACACAGAGCAUCCUUAUGAACUUAACGUGCCUCUCAGGCAUUCGCAGUGUAGCUGGACAAGUGACGUGACUGAAAAAGGUUCCUCACGGGCCUCCCUGCAAACUGCCGUCCCCAAAAAUACCACAUGGGCUCUCCUGUCUGCCUGUGAAGCUGCUGUUUGAGUAAAAAAAAAACUGCUUGUUUAUGAAGGAGUGUGCAAGACUGGAGGAGAGGAUGAAGUGUGAUCUGGAUCUGAAAGUGUCCAAUCACUGUUGAUCUCCAUCCCUGUGCUUGCAGCAUGACAGGACUGCUCCCUCUUCCCCCAGAAGCCACAACAUGAAAGAACACUCCACUGCUUUUUUUUCCUGCAAUAUAUUCAUGUGUCCAUCAGAAACACAUCCAUGCUGGCACUACAGAGUGCGAGAGAAUGCUUUUUCUUGUGGUCAGGUAGUCGAUCUUUAGUUAAGGCCACUGCUGAAACAAAAACCUCGUAACAUGAAAAAACACUCCACUGUUUUUUGUUAUUUUUUUGACGUAUACUCAUGUGUCCUUCAAAAACACACCCAUAUUGACAUUCAGCCAUCAUUACAGACAUUUUGAAGGGGAUGCUUUUGUUUUUGGGUCAGGGAGUGGAUCUUUAACUUAGGCCACUGCCGACAGAGCGAAACCUCAACACUACAGAUGAUUUGGUAUGUUAAUUUCUCCUAGAUGUUCCAUAUUUUUUCGAUUUAAAAAAAUUCAAUACGUCAAUUAGUUCAAGAACAAGAACACAAAAUUGAGUUUCAAAAGGAGAGAUGAAAGCCAAAGCCAAUGAAGACAGAUAUUACUAUAACUCUCGAAAAUUCACAAUUAUUAUUAUUAUUAUUAUUAUUAUUAUUAUUAAUAUGAAGCAUUACCAUAUUAAACAUUUUUAUUUUAUUUUAAAAGUACAGUACCAGUUUGAAUGAACACUUUUGUAUUGCACUGUAAACAAUAUUAGAAAUGUCUACGUCUCAGUGAUUUGUCCAGGGAUGGGAUGUUGCAUUGUAGAAUAAGCUGUUAUUGUUGUUCAUCAGGAGUUUGUGUGUGUGCAUGUGCGGAAGUGUGUGGGUGUGGGUGUGUGUGUUGGGGUUGUAGGUGUGGGUGCGUGGGUGUAUUCAUUGUUGCAACAAUCCCUUACUCUUGGUUUAAUGCUGUAAACCGCUUGACAUUUGACAACAGCAGAAAUAUGUGAAAAACAUUUUGGACUUGAAAAUUUUUUCUCCCAGAAAUUUUUGUAUCUGGUUUAUCCUACUGAAAAGACUGCCUUAUUUUAUACAAUAUUUAUACAGUACAUCCCACUGUGCAACUGCAACGGACAUCUGGAGUUUUUAUUAUGACAUAGUCAGAAGGUUAUGUUCAAGUAAAUCUCAAUAUUUUUAUAGACAAUGAAUUUUACACUGGAUUUGCAGCAAAUGAGAUCAACCAUUCUAGCUAUCUGAAUACCUGUGAAUUGGACGGUCCUGCAGAGCAUGUAUACAGAGAACUAAAUGGUUAAGAAGGAUGUGGAUCGCAGAGUUGUCUAUCACUGUCUUUAAGCAGUCUCCUAGAGGCCGGCUUGCAUUGAUUUUUGAUCAAACAUCAUUCUAUUUUGGCCACUUGUCCAACAUCUUUAUGCACAGACCCAGGGAUCAGCUUUGGGUUCAAGGCUGGUUUCAGAUUAGGAUACUAAUAUAUGUUAAAGAUUGUUGCUUAUUAAGAAUAUUUCCUCAUUAAAUAGUAUAUAAAUGCCAUAACAUCGAGGCAUAUGAUGGUUAAUGAGGCGUAUUGACCACGUUUAUCUUUGUUUCUCUCUUAUGACAGAAUUGUACACUCAAUCAGGGGAUUUGUUUGUUCCUUCUGAUUCACAUCUUGCUCUGAAGGCACGGAAGAAAAUUAGAAACUAUUCAAUGAAAAAUAAAAUAAUGUCAAUUAUA